AUGCCCGCCAAUGAGGAUACCUCCAACGACGGGACGUCGUUGCAAACGGAACACGAAAGAGCCAAUUCGUCGACGGAGUCUUCUUGGCGGAAGAUGUCCGAGGAACGUCCGCGGGCGAAUCCAUCGUCGACUUUGACUCUGCCGAGUCUCGCUAAUGGCACCGAGGAACGAAAAGGUGUCGAGAAACGAGAUUUCCGCAGCAUGCCGCGUCGGGACGCUCACGAGAAGCUCUUCAGGGAUUUCUUCGAGCUCGUGCUGCAGCGUGCAGUGUUCCAGUCCACCUCCGGAGAGGAUCGCGUGGUUGAAUGGGUCGAUCCUUAUGAUCUGCGCUCCGUGGUUAACCUUUCGUUGCCAGCCGACGGUGUUAGCCAUGAAGAGUUGCUGACGUUGACGCGUGACAUCAUCAAGUACAGCGUAAAGACGGGCCAUCCGCAUUUCGUGAAUCAGCUGUUCUCUAGCCUGGACCCGUACGGGUUGCUGGGCCAGUGGUUGACCGAUGCACUCAAUCCAUCUGUUUAUACCUACGAGGUAUCCCCGGUGUUCUCUCUGAUGGAAGAAGAUGUUCUGCGGGAAAUGCGCGCCAUCAUCGGCUGGCAAGGCGGUGAGGGUCUCUUCUGUCCUGGAGGCUCCAUGGCGAACGGAUACGCCAUCAAUCUGGCGCGUCAUCAUAGAUAUCCGAAUCUGAAGCAAUCAGGAUUAUCGCAGAUGACACGACUGGUGAUGUUCACGUCGGAGGACGCGCACUAUUCUGUGAAGAAGCUCGCCGCGUUCCUGGGCAUCGGCUACGAUAACGUAUACCUCGUCAAGGUCGACUCUCGUGGCAAAAUGAUGAUCUCCGAUCUGGAAGCUCAAAUAGCUCGAGCCAUUGAAGAGGGUGCCGCGCCGCUCAUGGUAUCCGCCACUGCAGGUACCACCGUGAUAGGCGCGUUUGACCCCCUGAGGGAGAUCGCAGAAGUCUGCAAGAAAUAUGGCCUAUGGUUCCACGUGGAUGCUGCAUGGGGCGGAGGUGCACUUGUCUCUGGCACGUACCGUGGCCUCCUGGACGGCGUCCAGUUUGCCGACUCCGUCACCUGGAAUCCUCACAAGCUGCUCGCCGCGCCGCAGCAAUGUUCCACCCUGCUGCUCCGUCAUGAAGGUUUGUUACAAGCAGCGCACGGCUGCGGGGCGAGUUACCUCUUCCAGAACGACAAAUUCUACGAUGCAUCGUUCGACUGCGGCGAUCGCCACGUGCAAUGUGGCCGCCGCGCCGACGUCGUUAAAUUCUGGUACAUGUGGAAGGCGAAGGGCACGCGAGGCUUGGAAGCCCACGUCGACCGCGUGUUCGCGCUUUCGCGCCAUUUUACAGAUCUCAUCAGGACACGUGAUGGCUGGCAUCUGCUCGUUGAGCCGGAGUGCACCAAUGUUUGCUUCCGUUACAUCCCGCCGUCAAAGAGGCACCUGGCCGGUCAGGAACUCGACCAGGCGCUUCACAAGAUUGCGCCGAUAAUCAAGGAACGCAUGGUACGAGCUGGAACAAUGUUGAUUACGUAUCAGACAUUGAGAAAUAUGCCGAACUUCUUCAGAUUGGUGUUGCAGAACUCGGCACUAACGGAGGCUGAUAUGAAGUUCUUCGUCGAGGAAAUAGAAAGGCUCGCCAUGGACCUUUGAUUAGUUUAUAAUCAAUAUGAUUGGUAACUAGCAAGUACUGUAAAUAGUGAUAUAGACUGUGCAUGUAUUAUUAGCUUAAGAAAUAGUUGCACUUGAUAAAUCAACGUGAUCUGUGUUGACAAGAGGAAACAAGAAACAAUCAUAACAUGUCUCUCAAUUUUCAUUUUAAUUUAUGCAUAACACGCGCGCAUUUAAUUUCAAUUAUAUGUAUUACAGUCUCUUGCAUUCUUAUUAUUUUCUUUCUCUUUAAACGUCAUUCAUAUCCCACGCAUGUGCGAACAUCAUAACAAUCAAUUUAGAAUAAAAAAGCGAAUGAAAGAGAGAACUGAUAUGCCACAGCAGAAGUUCAUUCUGUACAUAUUUUAUCGAUGUGCAAGUAAUAAAAAAACUUUAAGA